AUGCCGGCCAAAUUCCACCUGUCCACGACCUCCGGUCGGCGCAAGUCGACGUAUCAUUCCUGCGCAAGGUGCCGUCUAAAGAAGGUCAAAUGUGAUAGGCAGCUGCCUGCUUGCUCCCAAUGUGUUGCUGUCAAGUCCACUUGUGCCGGGUACAGUGCUUCGCAGCUGGAAGGUGUCGUCCCCCGUCACCUCAUUCAGCACCUGGAGAAUGAAAUUGCGCUGCUGGAGAACGAGAUUGCCGAGAGUGGCGGUGCCGAGGCUUUGGCGUCCCUGGAUGCAGACAGCCACCACACAGGAGACACUUUCCGCCGCCGAGACCACCUCGUCGGCGCGGGUCGAGUAGGGGAGACAGUUCAGGAAGACGCAACCCUGGAUGCCAUCAAACAGUCGAUCCUGGCGAGUGCCAAUAUUCAGAGUAUCAUCUCGGCAAGUCAGCCUGCGGGAAAAGCACGGACGGAUCUGGUCUCUCGCAUCAAAACCGGGCUCACACCUUCCCCGGCCUCGACGAGCGGCGGGGUGUUGGAUGCCCACGAGAGCAGCAUUUACAUUGACCACCCUGGCGCCGAGAUCCCGGCGCGAGUGUUCGCGAGUCUGCCUUCGGCUCUGACGUACAAGCUUGUGGGAAAGUUCAUGCGAUGCUUCCUUUCGGGCAAUUUGAUUCUGCGAGAGCCAGAUGUCUGGCAACAAUUAGAAAGGGUGCUGCAGAUCAUCAGUGAUCGCAAAGCCAGGGUGGCCGACCCUAGGACCAUCACCGUGGCUCCCAGCUACGACAUGCUCGUCAUCUAUCUAGUCUUGGCCAUCACGGUCACCCUGGACAGCUUCAAAGGGGGCCACGAAGCACGGUGCAUGGAGCUUUCCGCGUCGCUCUUCAAUGAAGGCAUUCGACAUCUCUCUGAAAGAGCUGGCAUCCCAGACGAUCUUGCUGGUUUGCAGGUCACUCUACUGACGCUACAUUCGGCCAUCAUCAAUCCUCAGUUUGGCAAUGUCUGGGUCUUGAGCGGCGUUGCCAUGCGUGCAUGCCUGGAGCUUGGGCUUCACCGUGAACCCCCACUCACAGCUCAGUUCGAUCCCGCGAUUCUGGAACAUCGUCGGUGUCUCUUCUGGGCCGCAUAUUGUGCUGACCGAACCAUAUGUUCUGCGCUUCAAAUGCCCCUCUCGAUCGCAGAUGCGUCCAUCAACACGCAAUUGCCGCAGGCUGCGCAGGAAGCUCACGCAACGAAAAAUCCUCUCCUCCUCCUGAUCCAAUAUCAUCAGCUGAGAUCAUUGAUUAUUCAAGUCCAUUUCCAGAACGCCCCACUACCGGCCAACCUGGAUUGGGAAGACUGGCUUUCCGAUAUGGAGACCAAGCUCCGUGCAUGGUAUGGGAGCUACCGCGCCACCAAGUCUGAAAUCAGUGAACUGACCGAGUUCGAAUUCGCACAUACUAUGCUAUUCUUGCACCGACCGUCACCUCGCAAUCCGCAACCGUCUGACCGCAGCCUGCUGGAGGCAUUCGAGGCCGCCGCGGCGUCAGCACGGAUCCUCAAGGAAGACAUCUCCCAAGGCUUCCUCCGUCGCCGCUGGCUGUCGGCUUAUCACACGCUCGAGACGGCCAUGAUCGCACUCUUCUGUCUCCGCUACGGCUCGAGACACCUCCGAAAACGAUUCUCCGUCCAUCAGAUCUUCGAGAUCGCCAAGCUGUUCACGUCGAAUUUUCUAGCCAUUGCAGCGCUGGGCUGGACUGAGGUUUCGGCCUUUGCCCGCACCUACGAGCGCCUGCUGGCCCCGCUCCUGGAUUUCAUCUUCUCCGGGGAGGACGACCCCGAGAGCUUCUUUGGACCAGCUGAGGAGGCGCAGCUUCGACGUUGGCUGUACCCUGGCCAGACACGCUCUGACGCGUUUCGUUUCGAAGCGCCGCUGCACAUGUCCACGUUGGACGAUUUCACCCUGUUCGAUGUCGAUCGCAUGCUGGAGGACCUGGACCCCCGUAAUGACAACAGCAGUGCCGGCAUUGACGUGAAUGCCUCAUGGGCAGACCGUAAUGCUGACUCGGAGCCCUGGGGCUGCUGGGAUUUGCUGAAUAAACCCCCUCUAGAGUCUCGACCUUGA